UUGAUUUUUUUGGUGAAUAUUAUAUAAAUAAUCCUAUAAAUUAUGUGUCCUGCAUUAAAUCUAUUCCCUUGCAAAUUCUGACAACAGCAUGUAAUCUUUUUUUGCAGUGCUAGGGAUCAAACUGAGAGCUUUGUGCAGGGUGGACAACUGCUCUACCAUUGAGUUAUACUCCUAGCACAACAGCACAAGACAUUUGAUGCCCUACGCUCAAAUCUCUAGCAUCAAGGAUAGUACCUGGUGGGUAGUGGUACUGGAUAUUGUGUAAAGGGGGACUGACUCAAUCACCAACCUGCAAACACUAGAGUAUUUAGGACUCAGUCCUUGGACCCCUUCUGUCAGCUCCCUGCCUCUGCUGAAUUUUACCUCAUUGUCAACCUGCUGACAACCCCUAUAUUCACACUGCAGUAGUAUACUUAUAAAAUCUAGACUAAUGCACCCAACUUCAUGGCUGGUCUUUCUACUUGAACCUAUUAAUACGCAUCUCCACUUUAACCAAUAUCCAACUUAUUGAAACCUUAACUCCCAACCUGCCAUAAAUAAGCCUACACCUUAGACUUCUAAAUCUGUCUGAAGAGGAUUUUUUUUUUUUGGGUACUGGGAAUCAAACUCAGGGCCUUGAGCUUGCCAGGCAGGAGCUUGUGCCUCUGAGCUAUAUCCCUGGCCCUAGACUUCUAAAUCUCAAACAGCAAGAUUUUCCUUCCACUUGUUCAGGUCAAGAACUGUAGACUUGCUCUCUUUCUUUCAUACCCCAAAUUGCCCCAGAUGCUUGUGCCUUAGGACUUUUGCACUCACUACUCUAUCUGUACUGUUUUUCCUCUAGCUACCUCCACAGCUAACCAGCUAACCUCACUCCCUUCAGAUCUGUGCUCAAAAUGCACAGUAAGAAGUCUUUCCUAAUGAACCCUUCCUCCUUAUCUCACUAAGUGUUCUCUCAAACACUAACCUGAUAUACCAAACUCUUCAUUUACCUGUCUGCCAUUAGGAUACACAUGAUUGACAAGGCCACGACUUCAUCCGGUUUACCACUGUCACCAUUCCUAGCCUAAGACAAUGCCUGGCAGUCAGUGGCCAGUAGCAAUAAACACUGGUUGAAUGAAUGAAUCUCUCCAGACUUCUAUUUUCUCCGUGAGAGGGGUUGUGGACCCCCUUGCAGGGAUGUCGAGUGGAUUAACUGAGACAGCCUUUGACAGAAGCAGAGUGAGCACUUCAUAAAUAUGAGCUACAAGCAGGAAAAUAAUGUGAGUCGGUGUGAAUGCUCUGAGGGAUGCAGCCUUUAUUUCCCUCACUAAUCCUAUACUCCUCCUGACUCCAAAAAGGAUUAUGCAGUGCAGGACAGCCUUAUAUUCCAGCAAAGUACAAUAAACGGCCUUGCUCUCAACCUCUUUUGGGUACCACCCCCUCUGAGGGAAGGGGAUAUUGAAGAAUGCCGGUAUUAUUUGCACUUCCAUGAUUUAAUCUUUCCCAAAGAAGGUAGCUCUUUGUUUUGUUAAGGUUUGCAAGCUCCCAAGGACUAAAAAAUCAGUGAAGGGGGAGGGGAAAAGAGGGGGAGGGGAAGGGGAGAAGCAGAGCACCGAGAUCGCUCCUCAAAUCCGCCCCCACAGCUAAGCUCCUUUCGGUGGCUUUGGGCUUCCUCUCCCCAGUAAGCACUGCCUUUCCAAACUGGGUGCUGCAAACCCUUCCAUUCAUCGCCCGGCUCUAGAGCCUUCACACCUGUGGCUCACCAAAGCAAGAGGCCUGGCGCAGAAGAAAGCCUUACACUUGGGGGGGCCUCUCAAAAUGCAUUUCUCUGAGGGGGGCGAGGGCGCCCGCCUCCACCCUCCGGCUCACCCGGGGCAUCCGGCCGCCGCGCCCCGCCUCCGGCCUAGAGGCCUCGCCGCCCCUCAGCUUAGGGCACAGCCGGGCCGCGCGGGAGG